UCGGCUCACGAACCACCGAGAGGGAAGCCUCCAGGAUCCUAGAGCGACCACCAGGUGCCGGGGGGCGGGGUUCCGCGGAAGUCGACCUCUGUAGGCCAGUGCAGGCGUUAAACGGACCGAGAGGUCACGAGAUCACAGUUUUCCAGGAAUCAAGGCCAAAGGUAUGAACAAGGCUUAAGUUCUGAAGGGAAGAUUUUUGUAAGGAUGGACCCACGCCAGAAGGUCUCCAACAUAUAUAAUGGCAAUACUUUACAGAUUCCUGGGUAUGAAAAAGCUUCUCAGUAUGAGGACCAGUUGGAAAGGCAUGAGGACAGGCCUGCAGAAGAAAGACGGUAUAAAUGCACUGAAUGUGGAAAGAAGUUUGCACAGAGCUCAGGCCUUGUUCGACAUCGGAGAAUCCACACUGGAGAGAAACCCUACAAGUGUGAUCACUGUGGAAAAGCCUUCAGUGUGCGCUCAACCCUCACUGUGCAUGAAAGAAUCCACACCGGUGAGAAACCCUAUACUUGUAAUGAGUGUAGGAAAGCAUUCAGUGUGAGGGCGCACCUGAUUAUACAUCAGAGAAUCCACAAUGGAGAGAAACCCUAUGAAUGUAACGAAUGUGGCAAAGCAUUUAGUGUAAGCUCAGACCUCAUCAAACAUCAGAGGAUCCACUCUGGUGAAAAACCUUAUGAGUGUGAUGAGUGUGGAAAAGCCUUCAGUGUGAGCUCAGCCCUCAUCAAACAUCAGAGAAUCCACACAGGAGAGAAGCCAUAUGAGUGUAAGGAGUGUGGGAAGGCCUUCUAUGUGAACUCAGCCCUUAUUAAUCACCAGAGGAUUCAUUCUGGAGAAAAGCCCUAUAAAUGUGGAGAAUGCAGGAAAGCAUUCAGCCAGAUCUCAACCCUUAUCCAUCAUCAGAGAAUCCAUACUGGAGAGAAACCAUACGAGUGUGAUGAAUGUGGGAAAGCAUUCCGAGGGAGCUCUAAUCUUACUAAACACCAGAAAAUACAUGCCAAAGGAAAGUGUCAUCAGUGAUUUAUACAGUGAAGAUAUUACAAAGGCCUUUUUUAAAAUCAGAAGUUGUCACUAAAAAAGUAGGGUAUGAUAAAAGUUAAUGUUUUAGUGGACACUUCAUCUCUUGGAAUAUUGAAGAAGUGAGAAGUCAAUAAAAAAUGACUGCAUCAUCGUAAUGAUUGACUAAGGCUCUAAAAUCACAUCUACCUCUGAGGAUGCAGUUUUACAACUCAUAAGGAUGAAGGUUUGCAGAUGGGCGUCAUCUAGGUGGAGAACACCCUUCUGGGAUCAGCACCGAAAUGAUGCCCUGUCCCACCCCAGGCCAGCACUAAGCAGUAAGUGGAGCAGCAGAUAUCCCAACCAGCAAGGCACCCUGUCAUCUGGUGGCAGGCUGGGGUGAGGUGAAUCUCCAAAGUAGGAAUAAAGAAAUCUCAAGUUGAAGAAUAAUGCCUGACUUCUCAGGGUCUAGUGAUGGAAACUGACUCUACUACACUUAAAAUACAGUGUAAUUAAAUGCUACGUAUCAGACCAUGGUUGUGGAUAAAAG